AUGGCCGCGCCCUCUGUGCCUUCGUCUGACGUUCCUACGGCGCAGGAUAAAAUUGACUCGCAGUCGUCUGAUCCGUCGUCGUCAACAAAGGUUGACAGUCCAUCUCAAGGUGCCAAUGGUACUACUGCCGUCCCUGAGUCUGAUGACGCUGUAGCGUCACCUCCCGCCGACACAGGCGACGAACAAGGGCAGGCUCCCUCGUCAACAUCGCAGAAGCCGGCGGAACCGACGGUCGCCUCUCCGAAUCAUGUCGAUGCAACGACGACCGACGAGAAAGAGCCAGAGAAACCUGAGGAUGGCUCGCUUUCGACGACGUUGACCGGGACUCAUCCUCAUGGGGCCGCAUCGCGUCGCAAAGCGCAGGCGUCUUCGACGACAGAGGGUCCCGCUUCUUCUCCUUCCGAAAGCGCGAAGGGUCCAAAAGUAUCCAAAAGCAAACGUGGUUCUAAACCAUCCUUUUUCACUAGAUUCAUACGUAAAAUUAUUCCCUGCGUCCCCAGCUCCCCUCGUUCCGCGUCUGUCGACAUUGAUAUCCCCUCGGCUCCCCUGCCCUCGUCACGAGAGAAGCCCGAAACCAAGGCUCCCGAGCAGACCCUUACCGAUGUCCCGUCGACCUUACCGCUACCUAAAGCCGAUCCGCCAGCAGACACUCAGGAUACAAAGGAAGCAUCUACAGGCGAUCUCCCGCCUCUGGAUACCAGUCCUCCUCCACGAGCACCUGAUGCUGAGGUCAUCUUACCCCCGACGCCGACGACGCAUUUACUUCCCCAGUCGGAGACCGAGGGUAUGACUUCUGGUGCUGUUGUCCCACCUGGAGCCACAGGUACAAUAAACAAAAGGCAUUCUGCCGUUCUGUCUGCUGGAGCUGGAGAUGGAGAUGAAUCUGAGGGUACCAGCUUUACGGAAGAUGAAGACAUGGAUGAUGUCAAUAACGCCGAUGAAUUGGAGGAUGAGGAGGAGAGGUUGAUCAUCAAUGGUGGUGCCGGUAUACCCAUAGGUCCCGAUGGCGUUCCCAAACCUUUGUUACCGCCCAUCGCGCCACAACACGUCGGACGAAAGUGUCUUGUUCUCGAUCUGGACGAAACACUCGUGCACAGUAGCUUCAAAUCGAUACAGCAAGCUGACUAUGUUGUUCCUGUGGAGAUUGAGUACCACUGGCACAAUGUCUACGUGAUCAAACGACCCGGAGUCGAUAGUUUUUUGAAGAAAAUGGGGGAAAUAUAUGAAGUGGUAGUAUUCACGGCGAGUUUGAGCAAAUACGCUGAUCCUGUGUUGGACAAAUUAGACAUUAAUCAGGUCGUAACGCAUCGUCUGUUCAGAGAAAGUUGUUACAACCAUAGAGGCAAUUACGUCAAGGAUCUAUCACAACUGGGCCGGCCAAUAGCCGAUACCAUCAUUCUUGACAACUCACCCGCUUCAUAUAUCUUUCACCCCAACAAUGCCGUUCCAGUGUCUUCAUGGUUCAACGACCCGCAUGACACAGAGCUGACCGAUCUUGUACCCUUUCUUGCCGAUCUUGGUACGGUGGACGACGUGAGAGGUGUCCUGGACGGUGCUCGCUAA